AUGGCACAUACUUGUAGCAAUUUUUUGGUGAAAUGGCUAGUAACAGCAUUGCUCAUUGCCUUGUUGAGUGGUGCCAAAGGUGCUGCUAUAUGUAAUAUAGAGUCAACUAAGUUAAGCUUAUGUUAUGCAGCAGUUACUGGGAAAUACCCUCCAAAACCCACUGAAAAGUGCUGUGCAGUUAUUAGACAUGCCAAUUUGCCUUGCCUUUGCAGAUACAAGUCUGUCUUACCUGCUGUUGGAAUCAAUCCCACAAAUGCUUUGGCCUUGCCCAGUAGAUGUGGUCUGAAGAAAACACCACCUGAAUGUAGAGUGACUUGA